CUCAUUUGUGUGCUUUCUGAGUCAGCAUUAGCUAAAUUUUCCAGAAAUCCAUGCACAAAGUACAGCCUGGCCAUUCAAGGGACGUCACUCAUUUCCCCUAGUGACCUUGACAAGUCAGAAGCUUGAAAGCAGGGAAAUCCGGAUGUCUCGGUUGUGAAGUGGAGCAGUUGGAGCCUCAACAUAGUUCCAGAACUCUCCAUCCAAACCAGAGAUAGAGCAUCUGCCUCUCGUACUGCCAGUGGCCAUUUGGGGCUCCUCCCUGGCUCUAAGAGGUCAGCACAAUGGCCAAGGACCUCAGCCUCAGCCUGGUGUUGCUUCUUGCUUCCAUCUGGACCACAAGGCUCCUGGUCCAAGGCUCUCUCCGUGUAGAAGAGAUUUCCAUCUUGUCACCAUGCAGAAUUGUAGGGAUCACCCUUGUGAACAAAAAGGGGAACCUGAAUUUCACAGAUGCCAAGGAGGCCUGUAGGCUGCUGGGACUAACUUUGGCCAGUAAAAAGCAGGUUGAAGAAGCAUGGAAAGCUAGCUUUGAGACCUGCAGCUACGGAUGGGUAGAAGACAGAUUCUCGGUCAUCCCUCGGAUUCAGGCAAACCCCAAGUGUGGGAAGAAUGGGGUGGGUGUUCUAAUUUGGAGAGCUACAGUUAGCCAAAAGUUCGGGGCCUAUUGUUACAACUCAUCCGAUACACGGAUUGACUCUUGCUCUCCAGAAAUCAUCACCACCAAAGAUCCCAUAUUCAACACUCAAACUGACACAUCCGUGACAGAAUUUUCUGCCAGCGACAGUACAAACUUGGCAUCAUCCCCUCUCUCCACGACUCCUGCCCUUGCUACUACUACUCAUGCUCCAGCUUAUACUUCUAUUUCACGGAGAAAAAAAUUGAUUUGCAUCACAGAAGUUUAUACAGAAACUAGCACCGUGUCUAUGGAAAAUGAAUUCACAGUUGCAAAUAAAGCAUCAUUCAAGAAUGAAGCUGCUGGGUUUGGAGGUGUGCCCACAGCUCUGCUGGUGCUGGCUCUCCUCUUCUUUGGCGCGGCAGCUGGUCUUGCAUAUUGCUAUGUCAAAAGGUAUGGGAAGGCCUUCCCUUUUACAAACAAGAAUCAGCAGAAGGAAAUGAUUGAAACCAAAGUGGUGAAGGAGGAGAAGGCUGAGGAUAGCAACCCCAAUGAGGAAUCCAAGAAAACUGAUAAAAACCCAGAGGAGCCCAAGAGUCCACUCAAAACCCCGGUGCGAUGCCUGGAAGCUGAAGUUUAGAUGAGAAGGAAGUGAGAAGACACUCCCGAGGCUGGUUUCCUCCAUGAUACGUAUCCUAGCUCCAACCGGGAAAAUUAAAAUGGCUCAAGAACCAAAGAAGAAAGUCCAGCCUUGGUUCCUAACUGGAAUCAGACUGGGGCUGCCUUUUGACUAUGGACUUCACCAAAGAGAACUCCCUUCUCCUUAAAGCAAUCCUUUCUGGAUCCUGUCCUCCUACCUCCAAAGCUUCCCACGGCCUUUCUAGCCUGGCUAUGUCCUAAUAUAUCCCAGGGGGAGAAAAGAGCUUUGCAAAGCACAAGGACCUAUAACAGCUAAUCAGUACUUGUUUGUAAAAAGGCCUCUGGGUUGUCCGGGACCAGGUGAGGGGAGAGGCAAGGAGUCACUGAGACCAAGCCUUCCCUUUCUUCAGCCCUGAAAGAGAAACACACCACCUGGCAUGAGCAAAAGAAGGGCAGAAACAUUCAGCACCUAAAACCGUGGAGAGUCCUAUAACUUGAGACAUAAUCUCUGUAAAGCCAAAAUAAACAGAGAAAUAGAACGAGGCCAAGGACACUAACAGCAUGUUGUCAGCAGGGACUAUAAACAUAGACAGGGUCAAAGUAUUCUUCUCUGAAUAAAUUGAGUUGGAAUCACUUCUUAGAACAUCUACACUUUCCUCUGUCUCUACUGCUGCUACUGUUUUCUUCAGACAAUAUCCUUUUACAGGAAACAAAACUGAAUUCUCUUACAAAUUUCUAUUUUUAUCUGAGUUACAGAAAUUACUACUGAGGAAAAUUACUGUGCUCAAAAGUAAUAAAAUUCAACAGACAUUUGCUAAAUGUCUACUAUAUGUCAGGUGCUGUGCAAAGUAUUACAUUUUGUAAUCGAAUAUUACUCAUCAAAACAAUUGCAGAUAGUAGAAUGCUAUCCGAGCUAAGCUUUUUUCAGUUUUGAUAUGCCUAGCUUAUCUACUUUCAAACUAAUGGGGUUUUUUUGUUUUUGUUUUUGGCUUGGACUAAUAUUUUCUCUAUCAUGGCAUCUACUAUAGCCUUAAUUUAUUAUUAACAUACCUAAGAAGUUCAACAGUACUUCUAUACACCAAAGCACAUUUUUAAAAAUGACAUUAACUAAACUGUGUCACUAGCUCUCCUUUUCCAACAAGAAGAGUAGGAGAGGUGCGGAAAUAUUUGGGCCAAAAAAAUUAAAGCAUUUAGAAACCUUCUUCGCUCUAUUAUUUACAUAGAUGUGUUGUAUUUUUUUCAUGUAACAUUUAGGUAAGGACCAGAUUAUGAUACAUUAUUUAUAAAAGUAAAAGGAACAACUUUGGGUGUUAAAACACCAAUGUAAACCUCACAGUAUGUAGAUUGCCAUGUGGGGUUAUUCUUGCUUCAAAUGGUCUUAAGUUGACCAAGUACACACACAUUAAACAAUCCUUCAUUUGAGAUUCAGAUCCUACAUUCCAACCCAUUUCAGCCUUCAUCAGGAGUUGGAGAUUCAUUUGUCACACUUCUUAUCUUUCUCAUUCCUUCCCCAUGACCAUGAGGCUACUAAUCAUGUUCUUCUCCUCACUUGUGACCCCACAGCUCCAUGGUUGUUUUAGCCCAGGGCCUGUAACCUGCUAGCAUAGUCUUUUUUGAUUGGCCCGUGGAGUAUUAUCUUAAAAUCUGGUUUAAUUGCCAAGAAUUAAACAUGAAAGCUUUUUUUUUUUUUUUAAUGUUUGCAUUUCUGGGUUCUCUGUAUAAAUGGAAAACACCUGGAAAUAAAGAACCAAUAUUCCUGCAUGAAAAUAAUU